CCCCUCUGGUGUUCCCCCAGGAGUUGUGCAGAUGACGUGGGCAGAGUUGGCAUCCCUGGCAGAUGGCGGUGGUGUGGUGGGUGAUUCCUCUCGUGCUGCUGUGCUGGUUGGUGCCGGGCGGAUUCACCGGCGGCGAUCCGGUGCCCGAAGACUGGGUGCUGCUUCACGUGGUCCAGGGGCAGGUGGGUCCCGGCAACUACAGCUACCUGCGCCUCAACCACGACGGGCAGAUCGUGCUGAGGAUGGAGAGCCCGCUGGGAGACGCUGACCUGUACAUCUCCGACGCCACGCUCCACCCCAGCUUCGACGAGUACGAGCUGCAGUCGUCCACCUGCGGCCUGGACGUGCUGGCGGUGCCCGCCAAGUUCCGCAGGCCCGUGGGCAUCGCCAUCUACGGCCACCCCUCUCACUUACAGACAGAGUUCGAGAUGAGGGUCUACCUGGACGAAGUGGAGAGGGAGACCCUCUUUCCCGAGAUUCACUACCCCGGAGACGAGGACACCACUGACAAAAGUCCCCUGAAAAAACCGUCAGGCGAGGAGACUGAAGAGUCGGUGCUGUGGACCAUAUUGAUUGGGAUCCUCAAACUGGUGUUGGAGAUCCUCUUUUGAAGGCUCCACUCGUGGUUGCUGGGGGGGGGGGUGUGUGUGCGUUUGUUUGUUUGCGUGCGUGCGUAUACAUGUGUGCGUGGUGCGUGCGCGCAGACAUGUUGGGGGAGGACAAUUGGAGACCUAUCUGAAGGGCCCAAAACAAUCACUGACUGCUCUCUAUCAGACAAGACCAAACUUAUUCUUCACCGAUUUUAACCAGGCGGUGACUAAUGGUGCGUUUGGUUCUACUCAGAGUGGUGUAAGAGGGCGGUGAUUUGGCAUACUCCCAACCCCCAUGUACAAUUACAUGUGGGGCACCAAGAUGUGCUGAUGUAGGAUACUCCUUGCCAUGUCUUAUUUUCUGGGAUAAACCUCUGGUUAAUCCCCUGUCCAUUUUCCUAGAAUUACCGUGGUACUGCCCACAUCAGAUCUGCUUCUCAGAAUCCCCCUCAUCGUUCCUGUACCGCCCUUCAUUGGGCACUGGCCCAGUCACAUUAUAGGUACAGGCCCACCACCAUCUGUCCGAUAACUGAUAGUCCGGCAUCUCCUUUAAUCCGGACAAAAUUAGGAAAACGCACUUGAAAUCCUCCCCCCAAAAGUCACCCCCUCCCCCACCUCUGAUAAUAUGCCGCCCAGACCAGGUGAGGUGGCCAAGGCCGAUCUGGGGGGGGGGGGGGGGGGGGGGGGUCGAAUCUGCCCCCCUGCGGCCGGGGCUCUGGAACUCCGGCCUGGCCGGAGCGGGCAGAUCCAUUCCCUCAGCCAACUCUGCGGGCUGACUUCUGUAGGUCCGGCAAAACGGAUAAUGCAGGAAGGCUGCGGAAUCAAGGGUGCCGGGAAAUCGGUGGUGGACCUGUAUUUUUGCAUUUGAAAAGAAAACCCAUCUGAAUUAGUACAAAGUGCACCUAUUUCUGAGCUGCUGCAGGAUGGUCCAAACUCCGCAGACUUUAAACAUGCCAGUCAUCGGAAAUGGGAGUUCUCUCAAAUCCCUGGGGUUCUCACCCAGGGCCGAGCUUCCCCUGAGAGGGAGGCUCAACUUAUAGCGUUCUAAUACUUUAUUUUCAUUUCUAACUGUGGGGAAACAAAGAAAAGGAAUGCAGGCGACAUCCCUUCUGAGAGUGCAAGCCAAUAAAUACAAUCAUUGCAAUGAC